AUGCUGGCCCUAGAAUCCUCCCGCCAACAGCCGUUCCCCUAUUUCGCGCAGGAUCAGAUCUCGCUAGACGCCGACGUGAUGGACUCCUACGGCUUUCCCUCGAUGCAGCAGCAGCAGCAGCUGUAUGAUCCGGCGCUGUGGAUGGAGCAGCCCUCGGACCUGCACAAACAGCAUCAGCAACAGCAACACAUGCUCUUCCCCAACUCCCCUCCCUCCAUGGCCGCUUCGCACUACUCCGCUGCGUCUGGCGCGUCGAUUGCCAGCGCCUCCUCGUCCGCCAUGGGCUCUCCCUACUCCGGCGCUGCGCACACCUUCCAAGAGUCCUGGAUCGAUACGGCCAACGGCUUGAUGGGCCUGCCCGGCGGCGGCGCCAUGAUGCCCGAACUCGACUUCAACCCCAUGGCCAGCAUGGAUGCCGACUCGACAUUUGCCGCAGCCAAAUUUCCCACCGUUGACCCCACGGCCAUCCACCACGCCAUGUCCUACGCCGAAGACCCCCGAGUCUCUCUCGCCCAUUCAUCAGGCUUUGUUUCUCCUGCCCCAAUCGGCUCCCCGCUCCCCAGCCAGAAUCUUUCAUCCCUCUCGCAAAUGCCGGUAACUUCCUCGCCGUAUCUGGGCACCAAUCUGGGCCACCAGGUCCGAAGCACCAGCGUGGCAGCCAGUCUUCACGAGCGACCAGCAUCCAUCAUCUCCGCACUCUCCCCGCGCUCACACCCCAGCCCGGCCGCCAGCAACACCGACUUGGAGGACAACGAAGGGCGCGAGAAGCGGCGAUGCCCCUGGCCCGACUGCGGGCGCUCCUUCAAGGACCUCAAAGCGCACAUGCUCACGCACCAGAGCGAGCGGCCAGAGAAAUGUCCCAUCGUAAACUGCGAAUACCACCUCAAGGGCUUCGCUCGCAAGUACGACAAGAACCGGCACACCCUGACCCAUUACAAGGGCACCAUGGUGUGCGGGUUCUGUCCUGGCUCCGGCUCCGCGGCCGAGAAGAGCUUCAACCGCGCCGACGUCUUCAAGCGCCAUCUCAUGUCGGUGCAUGGCGUCGAGCAGACCGCGCCCAACUGUCGCAAGCGAAGCCCAACCUCCGGCUCGUCAUCAGAUCAACACAGCAGCAGCAGCAGCAGCACUAACAACAACAGCAGCAACCAGCAACGACAACAAAACUCGCUGGCUGGUUACAGCGAAGAUGCAACUGGUAAAUGUUCCACUUGCUCGGGCACAUUCAGCAAUGCCCAAGACUUCUACGAGCAUCUGGACGACUGUGUCUUGCGCGUCGUGCAGCAGGAAGAACCCAGCGAGGCCAUCAAUCAGAAACGACUGGCCGAAGUCGCGGGCGACGAGGACGUGAAGCUGACCAUGGAGAAACACAAGCUGCUGGAUACAGCGAGUCCCAUGGACCGCAGCGAGCAAUAUGACGAAUAUAACGAUGAUGACAACAACAACGACGAUGACGAUGCUGGUGCUGACGAUGCCGACGAAAUUAAUAAUAACAACAACCGUAAUAAAGCCGUAGGCAGCAAAGCCGCCAAAUCAAAUAAAUCGCGACCGGUCCUCGGUGCCAACAGCGCCGUGGGCAAAAACAGCAGCAGCAGCACCAACAAGCCUCGCCCCAUCACACGCCGCCGCGGCAACAGGAACAGCUAUCCACAGUCCUGGGGCACGCCGGUGGCCAAGAUGAAGACGAAGAAGCGCGUGAUAUGCGCGUACGACGGACCGCGGCGUCUGCUGAAAGACGAAAUGAUGCUCGACAAUGAAUACGAGGUGCGCAUCCGUCUGGCCAGCGGUGCGGGCGACGGCACCAACCGCGCCGCCUACGUGACGGAUCUGGACAUGAUGAGUCUGAAGCGCGUGGACGGCAUCUUCAGUGCGACAGAAGAAGAGCGAGGGCCCUGGAUGAUGAGCGAUCAGCAGCAGCAGCAGCAGCGUCUCAUGGGCCAGCCAGCCGUGCUUCUGCCGGAGGUGACGCAGGUCGACGACUUGGGCAUUGAUAUCGAUGAGCUGAUGGCCUACAAGGAGAACCACCACCGUCCGUCGGCUGAUGGGCUGUGUGUGUAG